CAAAUCUCAGCCGGCUUUGGGCAUUUUCACGAGCAGCUGAUUGGCCGUAAAUAUCAAAUUCUCCUGUCUUCAGCGGUUUUGUUCGUCGUCUACUGCUUGAUUUUGUCUUCAUUUUCUUGAUCUCUUCCAUUCUGGAUCAGCAGCAUGGGCACGCUCAUGGUCUACGUCUUAUAUAGAUUCUGACACGUUAGGGAGACGGAAAUAGGUUUGUAGCAAUUUCGCUUGCUUCAUCAAGCUCCUCUCACCUGUUCUGCUGCCAUAUCCAACCAGAGUAUGGAGUUGAAACCCGGAUUAUCGGCUUUGGUCACCGGCGGAGCUUCUGGAAUUGGUAAAGCUCUCUGCCUAGCUCUGGGAGAGAAGGGAGUAUUUGUGACUGUCGUUGAUUUUUCUGAAGAAAAGGGUCAGGAAGUUGCAUCCAUUAUCCAACAAAAAAAUGCCAAACUUCACCCUAAGUUAGAGGUUCCUCCUGCAAUAUUCGUAAGAUGUGAUGUUACCAACACAAAUGACAUACAGAAGGCUUUUGGCAAGCAUUUAGCAACAUAUGGAGGAUUAGAUAUCUGUAUCAACAGUGCAGGAAUUGGCAGCAAAAUAGUAUUUCAUAAUGAUGAAACUGAUGGUGCUCAAACAUGGAGACGUGUUAUUGAUGUGAACCUAAUUGGUGUCAUGGCAUGCACUCAACUUGCAAUAAAGACCAUGAAAUCAUUGGGAAAACCUGGUGUAAUUAUCAACCUAGGUUCUGCUUCAGGUCUUUAUCCACUAUUUGCAGACUCAGCAUAUACUGCAUCCAAAGGUGGUGUUGUUAUGUUUACCAGAUCACUUGUGCCUUUCAAACGCAAGGGAAUUCGAAUCAAUGUGCUUUGUCCUGAGUUUGUUAAAACAGAGCUGGCCUCAACAGCAAUAGGUGAAAAGUUUGCUGAACGAUCGGGAGGUUAUGUUCCCAUGGAAAUGGUUAUUAAAGGUGCGUUUGAACUAAUCACUGAUGAGAGCAAAGCUGGUUCAUGCCUGUGGAUUACAAAUCGCAGAGGGAUGGAGUACUGGCCCACCCCUACAGAAGAAGCAAAAUACUUGCUUCCUUCCUCGAGUUCAAGAAAAAGAUCUUCAUCGACAUUUUUUCAGAAAAUUGAUGUUCCCCAAAGUUGUGAGAAAGUAGUUGUUCAUACUCUGAGCCACAAUUUUCGUGGAGCAACUAGCAUCGUGCGUGCACCAUUGAGACUACCCAUUAGACCAGAUCAUGUUCUCGUGAAAAUCAUAUAUGCUGGCGUAAAUGCAAGUGAUGUAAAUUUCAGCUCAGGUCAUUAUUUCGGUAGCAGCAACCAAGAUCUUCAUUCUCUCCUUCCAUUAGAUGCUGGAUUUGAGGGCGUGGGUAUAAUUGCAGCAGUUGGUGAUUCUGUCACUCACCUGAAAGUUGGAACUCCUGCCGCAAUGAUGACAUUUGGAAGUUAUGCAGAGUUCGUCACAAUACAUUCAAAACAUGUCCUUCCUGUUGCAAGACCUGAUCCAGAAGUUGUUGCCAUGCUGACUUCAGGACUAACGGCAUCAAUUGCUCUACAAAAGGCAGGGCAAAUGGAAUCUGGAAAGGUUGUUCUUGUUACUGCUGCUGCUGGAGGAACGGGGCAAUUCGCUGUCCAGCUUGCCAAGUUAGCUGGAAAUAAGGUUGUUGCAACAUGUGGAGGUAAGGACAAGGCCACGCUUUUGAAAGAAUUGGGAGUUGAUCGAGUUAUAGAUUACAGAUCUGAAGACAUUAAAACUGUUCUAAAGACGGAGUAUCCUAAAGGCGUUGAUAUCAUCUAUGAGUCAGUUGGAGGCGAUAUGUUUAGUUUGUGUCUGAAUGCAUUGGCUACCUAUGGACGACUAAUUGUGAUCGGAAUGAUCUCACAGUAUCAAGGAGAACACGGGUGGGAGCCAUCAAAUUACCCAGGACUUUGCGAGAAAAUUCUAAAGAAGAGCCAAACUAUUGCUGGGUUCUUCCUCAUACAAUAUGCUAACCUCUGGCAGCAACAUUUGGAUAAGCUAUUUCAUCUCUUCUCCUCAGGCAAGCUGAAGGUUCGUGUGGAUCCAAAAAGAUUUUUAGGCGUGCAAUCCGUUGUAGACGCCGUUGAAUAUCUGCAUUCAGGCAAAAGUGUUGGCAAGGUUGUUGUUUGCAUCGAUCCAACCUUCAUCGAACACAAAUCAAAGCUCUGAACCUGAAAUAUGCUACCAGCAAAGUUAUAACUUUGGAUUGUCAGAGCCAGAAGAGAACCAAAGCUAACUCUUGCUGUGAAGUCCAAAACAUCCAAAACCUUUGCAGGGAAAUCUCUUAUAUGACCAAUAAUCCCAUUUUCUUUGUGGAAGAAUAAAAGGUACUAAGGUGGUAAUGGUCGAGGCUCAUUUAUUCUAAAGCAUGUGCUGUAGGAAUUCUGUGACUGUCCAUUUAAAAUUAUGGUAGAAUGAUCGUACUUGAGCCUUGCUCGUACAUUAUUUAUUUUAGUUUAAUUUAAAGAGAUUGAUGUUCAA